AUGACUUCGCCACACACCAAAAUAUCUCCCAGCGUGCGAUGGAGACAACUACAAAUCUUUCACUGGUUCAUGUGGAUUACUGGAAUUCUAUACGUCCUGUGGUGUUACUUUGCCAGCCCAGCUAAUGGUAACGCGCCUAAACUCUGGCCGCGAGCAUUCGUGAAGGGUGCCUAUGGACUGCAAAGAGUACAGGACGACACGAACCUUUCGUGGAACUACGGACGAUCAUUUUUGCUCAGCAUCUGGGUGUGGUGCCUCGUGCAAGCUGCGGUCAGCCAGGCACUGUUGCAGGGAAAUCCGCGGCUGCGGGCCCGCCUCUACCCGGUCUUCUCCGCCCUGGCAUUGGCUUGGACGGUGUGCUGGGAAUGCGUGUUCCUCGUUUUCGCUGUUUACGUCACCUUCUUUCUGCUGGCGGGCCUCAGGAUCCGCAUCGUCUGCUACAUGGUCAGCCUCUUGGCGCUCGUCUAUUCCUUCUUCACGCGCAAGUUGGAUCCAAUGCUGCUCGUGGAAAAGCGGCGUGGAGACAUGGAGUAUUUUCUGACAUCAAUUACUGUCCCCUGGACUGUGCUGCGGUGCCUGAGUUUCAGCGUGGAUUUCGCCACAGACCCGGAGUCUUCCAAGCGCAGGUUUCCGGACUUCUGGAUGAGCCUGGCCUACGUCUUCUACCUGCCAUCCGUGUGUCUGGGGCCACUCAUGAACUACGACAACUUCGUCGCUCAGUUGGAACAGCCGCCCAAGCCCUGGACCGUGGGCGAGCUCGUCGGAGGUCUGAUGGGCCUGGUGCGGAGCGCUUUCCACUUAGUUCUCCGUGACCUGAUGAACCACUACUUCUACAGUUCAGCACUGAUCUGGAUGCCCAGACAUGUGUCCUCAAUGGAUCUAUCCAGUCUUGUGGGCUACGGCGUUUGCCUGAACUUUAUGUUCUACGUCAAGUACCUGGUUUUCUACGGUGCUCCCGGCGCCCUGGCGAGGCUGGACAGGGUUCGGUUACCGCCGCCGCCAACAUGCGUCGCUCGGGAACACCUGUGCUCACACUUCUGGAGGAACUUCGAUAAUGGCCUUCACCUCUGGAUACGAAGGUACAUAUACCAACCGCUGGUGGGCGGCGGCCGACCGAAGCUGCUUCGAUGCGUGGGUACGGUUGCCUGCUUCGGCUUUGUCUGCGUCUGGCACCAGAUGACCAGGGCCGUGCAGAUCUGGUGUGCGCUCAACGCUUUCGGCAUCUCCCUAGAGAUUGUGACGACGGCCAUCAGGGGCUGCCGGCUCUGCCAGCGAAUGGAGGCGACGUACGUGCACGGGUUCCGGCUGCGGGUCCUAAAGGCUCUACUGGGGUCGAGUCUCUACCUGCUCACCAUCUUCGCCUGCCUCUUCUUUCUCACCAACAUGGAGGUGGCCAUCAUCUUUUUCCAUAAAGUGAUUCUGGGCUUCCCACUGCCCAUCGUGCCGGUGCUGAUGUUCCUGUACUUCGCCUCGCACGUCUCCUUGGACGUCAUGGACUGGGAGAGAGUCCCCCGGGAAGCGUCGCAUUCACGGCCACUUCCGUCUUCGUAACGGCUGUGUACUCGACGAACGCUGCAAUAAACCGCCCGUCAGGAAUGACUGGCAUAGAACAA